CUAGGGUGGAAAUUCCCAGGUUACAACACGGAACACUAGUACUUCCGUAAUCAGUUUGAGAAGUGUAUCUCGGAGGGCAGCUUGGAGAUCUUAGCACUAGUCGAGACAGUGCGUUCCCCUACAGGAUGCUUUGUAAGUGAACAAGCAGUCAAUGGAAGGGAAAGGGCCCUAUCGCAUUUACGAUCCCGGUGGGAGCGAGCCGAAGGAUGAGGCGAGCAGCGUGACCUACCGCCAGCUGCUGGAGGAGAACUGCAUGCUGAGAGAGAGGAUGAAGGGGCUCAAGAGCCUGGGAGACCUGCUUGAAGAAUCGCAGACUGAGGCAUCUAAACUCCGUCAAAGAGUGGAAGAGCUUGUGAGAGACAAUGAGAUCUUGAGGUCCUCAUCCAGUUUCAAUUCCGCUGUUGGAAUUGCCCUUCCUACGCAUGCUGAAACACAGGUCCAAGAUGAAAGUUAUGGAGAGAAUGCAGGAUUGAAGGAAACCCAGGAGUGUCAACCAAGAAGCAGACAGAGACCUGCAUCCAGUGAGGGCUCUUCAGAGUUUGAAGUUGUGAAUCUUGAAGAAAGACGUGGUUCUGAUGAAGAAAACAAGUCAGGUGCAAUGCUUCAGCUGCCACAGGAGAAUGCGGAGCUGGUCAGCCAGCUGCAGAAGCUGGAGAGUUCACUGAGUGUCUUUGCAGAAGAGUCCAAUAAGAACCAGCUGCUGACACAUCUGGGGCGGAUGGCACUGGAGUUUAACCGGCUGUCCUCUAAAGUACAAAAGAAUGAGCAAAAAACAUCACUUCUUCAGACCCUAUGUGAACAGCUAAGACAAGAGAAUACUGAUCUGCGGAGGAAAAUGGAAGAAGAUCUUCAGUACAGAAACCAAGACUUGGAGGAGCUUAGGCAGGAAAACCUAAAACUGAAGAAGCUUGUGACUGGCUCAGAUGAGCAGAAGGUAGGGUUGCAGUUUGGAUCCAAGCAAGAUGUACUGAAACAGGAACCUGUAGGUGUAAAGAUGGAAGUGGCUCUAGUGCAACAGGGUGGCAAAGCAGUGGAGAAGUCAGAAUCCAAGAGCUGUGAUCCAGAAGUGUAUGAGAAGAAGAUAAAACUCCUGGAAAAGCAGAGAAAAGAUGUACUGGAGAUAAAUAAGCAGUGGGAUAUACAGUGGAAUUCCAUGAGACAACAGUUUGAACAGAAGAUCACUGACCUGAGGCAGAGACUAGCAGAUUCCCAGAAAGCAGUGUCUGAGCUGGAGGCUGAACGGGAGCAGAAGCUGAGGGACUAUGACAGGAAGCUCUUACUGGCCAAGUCUAAGAUCGAGAAUCUGCAGGCAGAGAAAGAGCGGCUAACUGCAGAGGUCACUGAUCUCAAACAUAAGAUGAAGUACGUCCAGGACCAGCUAACACCCCUGACCAAGCAAAGGGAAUAUCAAGAAAAGGAAAUCCAGCGCUUAAACCGGGCCCUAGAAGAAGCGCUGAACCUGCAACCCGCCUCUGCUCCCCAGGCUCCUGUGUUCAGUAACCAUGGCGAUGGAGCGAUGAACUUCAGGCGGCAGGAGCUCCUCACCCAAAUAACAGUACUAAAGGAGCAGGUGAAGAUCUUUGAAGAGGACUUUCAGAAAGAGCGAAGCGACCGAGAGCGCAUGAAUGAGGAAAAGGAGGAACUGAAGCAACAGGUGGAAAGACUGCAGGACCAAAUGACAAAGCUGACAAAUCAGUUGCGCCAGGCGCAGAGCGACUGUCAGAGAGAGCGAGUGGAGAGGUACAAACUGGAGAAACUUCAGAGGCAUCUUAAGCAGGGACACGAAAGACGCACCUCAGACCCAACCACUGGAUCAGUUAACCCUCCUGUGAGUCCCCCAUACUGUGGCCCCUUUGUGCAGCCUGGGCACCAGGCCUUCGAAGGCUGGGGCAUCCACUUCCCACCACGGGCAGUGCCUGUAGAGCAUGGCAGAGACUUCCAGCCAUUCCAGGCAGGGGGCUUUGUCUGGCCUCCUUUCCAUCCUCCUCGCAGUCCGAGGGGCCCCGGCGAGUCAACCCGACCUCCCCCAGAGAACACAGAACCGAUGUCACCUGGUCUUGGGAAAAGUGAGCGACAGAAUAUUGACCCAGGAAAGCACUAGCGUUCUCUCUGCACACAUAGAUAUGCGGUGCUAUAGGCUGCAGUGGUUUUAAAUGUAAGAAAAUAUAGUUUAAUUAGAUCUGUUUUACUGUAGGUAAUCAUUGUGCUUUUAUUUUGUCAGCUGCUUUAAGUAAGUUGUACUCAUCGGAAAAUACAAUUGUAUAGAUUUUUUUUCUGCUACUUUAUCAUUUACAAUUUGCAUGGAGGUAUGUAAUGUCACAAAAAUGCUAUUUUAAAUUUGAAAUAACAUUUUUUUUCCUUCUUAGAAAUUCUGCCUGGUAUUUUGUUUCCGAUCUCUCUGAUGUGUGACAUUGAUGACAUUACAAACAUAACCAAGAGAAUGAUUUAUUAACAUAUUUUGCAAACUAUUGGAUCAUAAAAUAAUCCUAAUUCCUGUAGCAUAUUUAAUGGGGUACACCUGCAAGAUUGCUACCAUCACAUUGCUCUGUGUUCCCAUAACUUUCAAAGAUUAUUUUCUUUUUCAGAAUUAGCGACUAAUAAUACAAGUGGCGUUUUCUUAUUUGGAAGGUUGACAGAAUUAUUUUAAAUGAUUUUUUGAAGGCAGGUUAGAUGGAAGAUUUUGAAGAAAUUGAAAACGUAAUUUCGUUCAUAGUUUGCAAAAGGUGUUUUCUAAUUACCCGUCUUUGAAUAAUUGUAUUGUUCAAGUUCUGUUGUCGUUCUUAGUGUUCUGUGUUCUAUUUGUGUUGUUGUCAUUGUCACCCUUAGUUUUGUAUUUGAAGAAAACAACCAAAAAAUGUCACUUUAUAAAUAAAUAAGUCUCCUGAUCAUUUUAGAAAUCUUAUUGAAGAUGAACUUGGAAACUGUUGAACUGAAACUGGGAUGAAGAAACUUAAUUAUACAGGACAGCUGGAUUCUCUCUUCUUCAGUUUUUAUCCUGGAAGAGCUAUUACCUAGAUAAAUCAACACUUCAUUCCAUGGAGUGUGAUUAGAAUCUUUAUUUAUUGUGACAUACAUUUUUUUCCUAAAAUGUACUUUCCUGUAAUUUUAGUUUUGUUAAGUCAAAAGUUAUUCUUUCUCAGGCAUUUAUGUAUUUUACAUAAUAAAUAGAUUAUUCAGAUGUUA